AUGGCACAUCCGGACCGCGUCGCCGAGGCCGUGCUCGCCUGGUUCGCGGCCAAGGUCCCGGCCAAGAAGCAUGCGCCCAACGAGUACACGGUGCUAGCAGCCAUUGUCCUCGAGAACGAUGGAGCCUUGGACGUGCUCAGCGUCGGCUCGGGCACGAAAUGCCUUGGCCAGAGCGCGCUCUGCCCCGACGGCUACCUUGUCCACGACGGCCACGCCGAGGUCAUGUGUCGCCGCGCCUUCCUGCGGUACCUCUACUACGAGCUGAGUUUGCGCCAAUCUGGCGUCGCCGACGAGACGUCCAUCUUUACGGCGGCGAACGACGACGACGGUAGAAUCGCGUUGAAGCCAAGCUGCUCGCUGCAUCUGUACGUGAGCGAAGCGCCAUGUGGCGACGCCGCACUGUACGACAUCAAAGCUGAUGUGCUCGACGAGAUUCACGAGGCCAAGGUCAAGCGACGCAAGCUCCACGACGCCGACGAGGUCUCGACCGUGCCGAUGCGGACGACGGGCGCCAAGGUCGUCGAGAGCGCGACCCACUCGCACGUGCGUGGCCUUGCGCGCGUCAAGUCGGGUCGCACCGACAUUCCCGAGGCCAACCGAACGGUGUCCAUGUCGUGCACCGACAAGAUCUGCAAGUGGCUCAGCGUUGGGCUCCAAGGCAGUCUGCUAUCCCAGUGGUUUGCACCUCUGCAUCUCGCUAGCGUCGUUGUCAGCCUCGACACCCAGAGCGACGCCAAAAGCUUUCAAGAGGCCAUUGCGCAGAGCUUGCUGCGCGGCAACGCGACGUGCACGGUGGCAACGACGACCGUGACCUUUCCGCUCACUCGAUCGCUGGCGCCAAGUACUCGAACGAGCGCGUCGGGCCUUGCGCUCAACUGGACGCAUCUCCGCGCAGAGGCACCGACGGCCGUAGCGCUGGUCGACACCAAGCCCGACGUCGAGUACCUCGUUAGUGCCCGCGGGCUUAAAAUGGGCACGAAGAAGGUCUUGGAUCUCCAAAUCAAACAAAAAAUGAGCUCGCGCCUCGCGCGCCGCCGCUUCUUUGCGGCGGCGGCGCAGCUCGAUGCGUCGCUCACCGAUCUCGCGUACGACGAGGCGAAGCGCAAGCAAGUCGAGUACGUUGCCGCAUUGAGCCGCUUUCGCGCCGUCGACUGCUUUGCUGCGUGGAAAGGAGUUCCAGGGACCGCCAAACGCUUCACUCUGGCGUGUCCAUUGCGAUAG